AUGGCGGCUCUUCACUUGGUGCACGUAGUGUACCAGUUCAUGCUGGCGGCCGCUACGCCUCUAGCAGAACGGCCACUUUGGUUCGUCGUCGUGCCUCUAAUGCUAGUGCUAUUGCCUGUCAUCUGCCGACGCCUCCACCACCGUCCCAACGCCGGUGCCGACGAGAGGAAGCAGUUGAAGCCUCUCCUGCCGUCGCCUCCGGGGAGGCUGCCGGUCAUCGGCCACCUGCACCUCAUCGGCGACCUCCCACACGUCUCCCUCCGUGACCUCGCCACCAAACAUGACCGUGGUGGCGGCCUCAUGCUCCUCCAACUCGGCACCGUCCCCAAUCUCGUCGUCUCCUCCCCGCACGCGGCGCAGGCGGUCCUCCGGACGCACGACCACGUCUUCGCCUCGCGGCCGACGCCCAAGGUCUUGCACAACUUUCUGUACGGGUCGUCGACCAUCGCCUUUGGACCCUACGGUGAGCACUGGCGUAAGGUUAGGAAGCUUGUCACCACGCGCCUCUUCACCGUCAAGAAGGUGAACUCGUUUCACCAUGCCCGCCAAGAGGAGGUGCGCCUGGUGAUUGCCAAGCUGAAGAAGGCCAUGGCUACAGGCAUGGCAGUGUACAUGAGCGAGACGAUGAACACGUUCGCCAACGACAUCAUGUGCUGCGUGCUGUCGGGCAAGUUCUUCAGGGAAGACGGCCGGAACAAGACCUUCCGGGAGCUGAUUGAGAUGAAUGUUGCCCUGUAUGCAGGGUUUAGCCUAGAAAACUAUUUCCCAGGGCUUGUGAAUUCGCUAGGUAUCUUCACCGGGUUGGUGAGCAGAAAGGCGGACGAGACGCAUGAAAGAUGGGACGACGUGCUUGAAAAUAUCAUAAGCGACCAUGAGAGGCGAGCUGAGCAAGAAGAGAGUGCAGACUUCGUUGACCAGAUGCUCUGUGUUCAACAAGAGUACGGUAUCACCAGAGAUCAUAUCAAGGCCAUCUUGAUGGUGAGUAACUAUUAG